AUGUCGAAACAAGACAAAACAAUCGUAACAGAACCCGAGCAAGCUGGCAGUAUUAAAAAUCCCCAAGCUUCUGAUCAAAAACAGGCUCGAAGCAUUAUUAAGGAUUGUACAUAUCCUCAUACUUCUGCAAAUAAUCAAUCUUUUGAAUCGUCUACAAAUCCGGAGUCCACUAAAUCAAUUGUAAUGAAAUGUCUAGAUGGUUGUGCUUGUUUUGUUUUAAUACUCUUGGUCAUUGGGGGGAGGUUGUUGUUUAAUUCUUUGCAUAAAUGA